GGCUGCCUUGCGUGGAGGGAAAUUUGAAAGCACUUGAAGUUAAAGACAAUAAUGGUGCACUUGAAAGAUGGUAUAAAUCCUUUAAGUACUCGAGAUGCUUUAAAACCCCGUUGCCAUAUGCUUCAGCUGUUGUUCUGUCCUUGGAUAUCACAUUGAAUCGAGAAGUACACACUUCAGGCGGCCGGCUCUGCAGCUACAUUUCAAAGAUGUGCACUAUAACUCCAAUAACGGAACCCAUAGAAAACUACUACGAAAUCCACGAGCAAAUAGGAAGAGGGCAGUAUGCAGUUGUCAGACAAUGUACUCAGAAAUCUACGGGGCUACAGUUUGCAGCGAAGUUUGUCCGCAAGAGAAGGAAAGGACAAGACUGUAGAAGUGAGGUCUGGCAUGAGGUCGAAGUAUUGAGCGCAAUAAAUACACCGUACCAACACACUAAAAUUGUGACAUUACACGAAGUCUUCGAGACUAGAAAUGAGCUGAUCCUAAUUUUAGAACUAGCACUCGGGGGUGAUUUGCAUCGGCACUGUGUCGCGCUAGACACAGAUGAACCGUCAUCAUCAAGAAGCGAAAAAGAAGUCGUAUUCCUUCUUCGUCAGAUACUAGAAGGAAUGAGGCAUCUCCACAACCAAAACUACGUGCAUCUGGACAUAAAGCCUAAUAACAUUCUACUAAUGACAGAAAUACGCUACCCCGAAAUAAGGAUCAUAGACUUCGGACUUGCUAGAAAAAUUAAACCUGGUGAACAAAUAUGUCUCAUUGUUGGCACUCCUGAAUACGUAGGCUUACUGGAAUGUCUCCAUUUGCUGGGGAAGACAAGCAAGAGACUUGCUACAACGUCUCACUAUGUGCAAUGGAAUUUCCUGAAAGCCACUUUGACUCAAUCUCGUACACUGCACGGGACUUUAUACAAAAGAUUCUACAGCGCUCUCCCGACGAUAGACCAACAGUCGAAGAGUGUCUUAACCAUCCAUGGCUGAACACGGAGGAGUUGAUUCAGAAAAGUCCAAGUAGACGAGUCCGUCGGUCGAGUCACCAGCACAUGAACGGAGAAGCCAAGGAUUCCUGCAAGAACGAACACCACAAGAAAAGAAAAAAGCUUAAAGCAGUUCAACAAAACAACAGCCUGGAAGAAAAGAACAACACAACAGAAGGAAAACAAGCGUUGGCUUCCUUAUAACCAAUGUACCCACGUUUAGUUCAUCAGGCAUGAAUCAAAAGACGAUCUCAAUAUGAAUAAGUACGGGAUCCUUAAGAGUCUAAGGCUUGGGUCAAACGUCUAACUUUACUUGAUCCGAACCUAAUUGAAACAAUAGAUAACAAGGCGGUCUUCUUUGAUGUGAUUAGGUUCGGCUCAUGUGAAGUACGACGUUUGACCUAGGCCUUAGAGCUGGUUAUGAAAACCUUAGUUUAUGAUGUAUCAUAUUGUAUCUUAGUAUAUACAGUAUAUAUAAUUUGAUAACAAAUAGACGAAUACGUUGGAUUUGAUUUGGUGAAAUGAUUUCAAAAAAUAUGUCUGUCAUUAGGCAAUGUCUAUUAGUAAUCCCGAUGAUUCCAAUAUUGAUUUUCAAGUAAAAAAUGUCGAAAAUUUAAUCUGGCUAUAUAGUGUAUAUAUUUAACAACUUAGUAAUAUUGUAGAAUAGAAGAAAGUGAUAAGGUAGAUUAUAUGAGUUAGAAAGUUUUCGUUAAAUAUUGUUUUGUUUUUUUUUCAUUAUUUCCUUAGGUUUAUAUAUUUUUUCUAUUAAUAGAAAUUCUUUUGUUUUUGUAAAUGUUAACAUUUGUGCUUUCUCAAAAAAUUGUGUUGCAUACAUUCCCAUUGGAAUGAACCUAAGAAAAUGUAAACACGAUGUGUGGUACCUAGGAAUACUUGUUUGGGAAAACAUUUGUAACCGGACGCGAAAUUCAUAGUUAUACCGGAAGUAGGUCAGUGUUAGGAUUGAACCGGAAGUGAAUUGCUUUGGCAUUUUGUUAAAGUAUGACUACGGUUACCAUGUGAAGCCUUGAAAAUAAGGAAUUCAGAAUAAUGUAAGUUAAGAUAGUUUAGGUUUUAAAGUACGAGAAAAAUUUUAUUUUUUCCCCUAUUCUAGAUGAGCUAUUUCCGUCAAUGUAAGAUUUUUUUUUACUUUAUGUAUAACGUGCUUAAUAAAAUAAUCCCUCGCCCCUCCCACACCCACCCCAAAUGUCAUUUUCAACUGCCACUUGUACAAAUACAUGUUUAUCGAUAUAUAUUCAGUUUAUUAUCUUGCUAAAACUUAAUUGGCAGCUUUGGAAUGAAGCAAUAAACUACUUGAUAUGCGA